CAUAUUCGUGUUUCUUUUUUGUAUGUCAGAUUCGUCUUUCUUUAAAUUUGAUAAUAGAAAAAACGAUUUCAGAUACCCCAACCUUUAACCAUUUUCACGAAUCUAUCCUCACCUUUAAAACUUAUCAAUUUGGUCCACCAUGUUUGCGUGUUGUAUCAUGUCUAUCCAGCCGUGUUUUGGCGUGUGCCACUGUGCCACUAAUGACAUAGCGUCCACACACGGCCCCACAUGUUUUUCUACGCGGCUGAGCACAAUGAAGGAAUGCAAAACUCACCAUUUCGUCCCAUGAUUUCCUCAAUUCUAAUUUCUAAGGUUUCCAAUUAGAAUACAACUAAUAACUUCCAUAACUCAUUCUAUUCCUCUCAUUUCGCUCUGUUAUCUUUGUCCCUUCUGUCGUCCAUUAUUGUUGAAGCUUGUACUGUGGUCCCCUGCAAGAUAGCUCCUUCCAGGAAAUGACAAUGAAGGUAUGCAUUUAUUAAUACAUUGAAUGGGUAAAGCAAUGCAAGUGGGGAAUCUUAUUCUCGUGGGUAUAACAUUGUAGGGAAUAUACAUUUGUUAUUACUACAACCUUCGAGCACUUUCUGAACAUAAUGCAAUUACUACAAAUGCCAUUUCGUAUAUGCAUUUGUUAAGUGGCUGUAAUAACAAAAUGCAUUUGCUACAAAGUGCCCCAAUGACUACAAAGUGUCCUAAUUCCAAAUGCAUUUGUUAUUGCAUUUGCAUUUGUUAUUACUACAGGCAUUUGCAUUUGUUAUUACUACAAAGUUGCAUUUUUAUUGCCUCAUUACUAAUUUAAUUGCUGUGUGUAUAUUUAUGCAGUAUUCCUAUUGAAUUUCAUCAUGGUGGGGCAUUAAUUAGUAAUCCUGUAGUCAAGUAUGUUGGUGGGUGCAGUGUAAGUCUUAGUGGCAUUUCUAGUUUCAAUAUGGAUGAUAUUGAGGAGAUAGUGAAAACAUUGGGAUUACACAUUUCUUAAGUGUUGCCUAUGAACCCCCUUAGGAGAUGGAAUCCUAUAGGGAAGGAUCUAGGCUUAGUUUUUGUUGAGACUGAGGAAGAGUGCAAAAAGAUGUUUGUAGAAGGUUUAGAUUAUGGGUUUUUAAAAGUUUAUGCUGAAGUUGUAAUAAUGACUCCAAACUGUGGGCAAAUUAUAACUGAAAAUGAUAAUCAACCUCAUAAUGAUAAUGCAGAUGAACCAUUGAUUGUAGUUGCAUUUGAAAAUGCAAAUCAAAAUGAAACUGAACCUGAAAGUGUUGUAAAUAAAGGGAAAAAUGAAGUAGAGCCUGAAUGUGUGAACAAUGUUGAUGACUAUGCUGGAUCUAGUGAGGAUGAAGAUUAUACCCCUGAAAAUGAUGAAUGUGGUGAUGAGGAUAGCCUAUCUUCUGAUGUUUCUGACUCAGAUAUGGAUGAGGAAUAUGUUACUGCAAAACAGAAUCUGAAGGACUUUAGCAAGACUGUAGUUGACAAUGGAUUUGGGUUAGGAUUGGAUAGGGACCAAGGGAGAGAUGACACUGGGUUUGUGGGGGCUAGUAGCAAUACUAAAGUGGAUGACAAUGUGAGUGAUAGUAGUGAGUACCAUUCUGAGUACCCUGACAGUGAUGCUGAGGUUGAUACUCCUGUUUCAAGUGAUGAGGAUGAUUGUGGUUUUAGGAAAGAAAAGAGGGAGAAAAAAAUAAUUUACAAUCCUUAGUGUAAUCAUCAAGAUUUAAAGUUUGUGGCAAGAAUGAAAUUCACAAAUGCAGAACAAUUUAGAGGAGCAGUACAGAAUUAUGUUAUUGCAAAUGGGUAUAUGAUGUGUUGUAGAAAAGGACUUGAGAUGAUAGGUUGGAAGCACAAUGUAAAGGAAACUGGAGUUGGAGAGUGUAUGCUUUAAAGGUUCCAAAUGAGAGGACAUUCAUGGUUAGGACUGUUAGACCUAACAUAACUGUGCUAAGGUGCAAAGAAAUAAUAUGGCAACUACAAAGUGGCUGGCUGAAGAGCUUUUAAAUGAAUUUAGAAAGAAACCAAAUUAUUCUGUAGGUGAAAUGGAAUCUGAUUUGAUGACAAAAUAUGCACUGAAAAGUCUCGAAAUGCUCAUGUUAUAGGGCAAAAAAGCUGGCUUUAGUGAAGCUUAGAGGAUCAAUAGAGGCUCAUUAUGCCAAGUUGAGAUCCUAUGUGCAUGAAUUGAAGAGAGUUGAUAGAGAAGGAUGUUUUGAUCUAGAAUGCAAUAUGGAAGGGGAUAAUUCUGUUUUUUAAGGAUUAUACAUAUGUUUUAGUGGAUUAAGGAAGGGUUUUAUGCAAGGAUGUAGACCUGUCAUAUCCCUACAUGGUGCAUUUCUGAAGAAUAUACUUGGGGGUGCAAUUUUAAGUGCAAUUGGUCGUGAUGGUAACAACCAAAUGUAUCUCAUUGCUUGGGCAGUGGUGUUGGCUGAGAACGAAGACACUUGGAGAUGGUUCAUAAGCAGAUUUUUCAAUAACUUGUCCAUUAACACAUGCAUAGGAUGGACCUUCAUAAGUGACCAAUAAAAAGUUUGUUUAUUGCCUAUUUUUUCUUAUACUUGAAUCAGUUACUAGUUAAAUUACUUACAUGCAAUUUGUUUUAUUGAUGUGUAUAGGGCCUUAUUAAAGAUUUACAAGAGUUUGUCCCACAUGCUGAAAUAAGAAAUUGUUCAAGACACAUUUAUGCAAAUUGGAAGAAACUGCAUAAUGGAAUUGAACUGAAACAACUAUUUUGGAAAAUUGUAUACAGUAUAUAUGAAGCACAAUUUGUGGCUAACUUGAAGGAACUUAGAGAAGUUGAUCAUGAGGCAGAAGAUGGAUUUGUUUCUAGGAAUCCAAGACUCUUCUGUAAAGCAUACAUAUCCACUCUCCCUAAGUGUGACAAUGUUGACAACAACACUGCUGAGACUUUUAAUGGAUGGAUAUGCAAAGCAAGGUUGCUGCAUAUUAUUGACAUGUUGGAAGAGAUUAGGGGUGCUUUGAUGAAAAUGAUUAAAAUGAAGUUUGACAUGAUGAAAAACAGUUUGGAUGAAUUGUGCCCAAGGAUUAGAAAGAAGACUGAGAAGUUAAAGUGGGAAACUAGAUUCUAUAUACGAAAGCCAGCUUUGAAUGACAAAUUUCAGGUUAAAAUGUUUGAUGAUCAGUUUGUGGUGUCUCUGCCAGACAAGAGUUGCACAUGCAGAGCUUGGCAACUGACUGGAAUUCCUUGCAUUCAUGCAAUUUUUAGUAUUCAUUAGUUGAGGCAGAAUGUGGAUGACUAUGUUGAUGAAUGUUACAAGAAGGACAUGUACUUACAAGCUUAUCAAUAUGCCCUUGAACCUUUAAAUGGCAAGAAGAUAUGGCAUGAGAUCAUUGAGGCACCAGUGCAUCCACCACCAUUCAAAAUGAUGCCAAGAAGACCUAAGGUGAACAUAAAGAAAGCUGUUGAUGAAAAAGAAAGGGAUCCAAACAAAUUAAGUAGAAAUGGAAUCAGGAUGCAGUGUAGAAUUUGCUAUGCAUAUGGACACAAUAAAAGAGGGUGCCCAAGAAAGGAUAAUCCACCUUCAUUUAAAGAUAUUCUGGAAAAUCAGAGAAGUAGAAGGAGAACUAGAUGUCCACCAGCUCCUAAAAGUAAUGUUACCAAUAUUGAUGUACCAAAUCAGACCACAGUUGGAAAUGUAGAAGCUGCUCCUUCACAAUCCAAACCACCAUAUGAUAAGAGAACAGUUGCCAAAGAAAGAAUUUGGGCUAAAAAAGGAUAUGGCCUGCACAUAUCCACAGAGACUGGUAAUAUGUAUUUAAGAAUGCUAAGGGAAAGGAAUGUGAGGACUGUUAGUGGUUAUACAGAAACAGCAACAGCAGCAAGGCAAUCCAGAAAGAGGUCUGACACCCAAAGAUAAAGAGGUCUAACACCCAAAGAUCAACUACAGCUAUAAAGGAACAAAGAUCAGCUAAUCACGAACAAAGUGUGAAAGUUUGUAGCCAAACUUCAACAGCUACAAAGGCAAAAGAGAAUGUGACUGUGUUCGAUAGGUUGUCUCAAAAAAGCGCAGCAACUAAUAUAUCAGUUAGUUCGAAAGGCAAAGAGAAGGUGGUAGCUACAAAAACAAAGACUAGUAAGAAUGCAGAUUUGGUGAUUUAAGAAGGGCAACAUGUUUUGCCAAAGCCAAUGCAGAAGUUUAAGAAGUUGCCUUAGAGAAAUUGUAGUACUGUGUUUUGUUAAUGCUUAUAAAGUUGCAUGAAACAAAUCUGUCAUUUGGAUCAUAUCAAUUAGUUUGCCUUAAUAUUAGUUGUUUAGUUGUUUUAUGUGUUUAUCUUUUCGAAGACAUA